AUGUUCAAACAGAAAAGAAUCCAGUAUUCUCCAGUCCAUGCGGAUGAGGAUGAAUCGCAAUCCCUGCCAUCAAAACAUCAGACCAGCCGCAUCCAGACCCUGGAAAUCAGUAUACUGUCUGCCUAUGCUUUGGUCCUCACAGUCCUCUAUGCUCUCACAGCUCUGAGAGACAAGCCCAGUUUCCUCGGUCAAGAGUCUGGUAAGAGCUUCAUCGCGGUCGAUAAUCCUUCCUCCCACGGUUUAUCGGGGGGAUUCCCCAUUCCCGGACGGGACAGCGAGGGAUACAGUCUCUCUCUCUUUCACCAACUCUACUGUCUGGCUCUUGAUUCCGACCCAGCGUCGUCCUCUCCGAUGCACAUGCACAUUCAUGGCAAUGCACACCUGAACCACUGUAUGGACUAUCUCAGACAGGCAAUCAUAUGUGCCGCAGAUACUACUCUCGAAAAAGCACGGGCUGAGAACGGUACUCUCCAACAGGCCACAGACGGGUGGGAGGUGAUCCAUCAGUGUCGAGACUGGGAUCGGGUCUAUGCGAGCGUGCGGAGGGCCUUUGACUCAGAAGGAAUUAAUGGGUAUUCUUUCAGUAAAUAG